CGCUACUUUCAGCAAUUUAGACCUGGCAACCCUGCGAGGGAGGGGGGUAGUGGAGGCGCCACGUGAGGAACAGGACGCGACCACUGCUGCUGCUGCUGCUGCUCCACACAUCCUCUCCUGCUUCCCUGCUCCACGACCCAUCGCCUCUUAACAAUGGGUGAUGGUGAGGUGAAUCCAAAGGCCUUUCCUUUGGCCGAAGCCACAUUAACACAAAAGCUUCUAAAUUUGGUGCAUCAGGCGUCAAACUACCAGCAACUUAAGAAGGGCGCUAAUGAAGCGACAAAGGCUCUCAACCGAGGUAUUGCCGAAAUGAUCAUAAUGGCAGCAGAUGCAGAGCCCCUUGAAAUUUUGCUACAUUUACCAUUGUUGUGUGAAGACAAGAAUGUUCCAUAUGUUUUUGUAAGAUCUAAGACAGCCCUCGGUCGUGCUUGUGGUGUGUCACGUGCUGUCAUGGCAUGUGCCAUUUUAUCAAAUGAGGGCUCGCAACUUAAACCCCAAAUCACAAUUAUGCAUCAAGAAAUUGAGAAACUACUUGUUUAGGUUAUGAAUGUGUGUGUAUAAUUUAAGUUUCUGCAAUAUUUUGAAUGAACUAUCAUCUUGCAAAUUAAUUUCCAUGUACUGUACUAGUAUUAGUUUAUACCUUUUUUGUCAAAGCGGAAUGAUAUAUAAUAUAUGAUAUAUAUAUAUGAAUGAUAUAUAAUAUAUGCUCUAAUAUUGUUAUUUAUCAUUUAUUAAAUUAAAAAUGUAUAAGCUAAUUUGAAAACAAGUACUGUAUGUUGAAAAUAUUGGUUAUUGUUUUUUGAUUUUCAUCUAAUUUGUUAAUAAAAUGCAAAGAUUA